GUUUUGAGAUUGGGUUUUGUAAAUUGAAGGAAGAUGAGUGUGUUACUCAGAGGAACACCAUUGUUAUCGUUAUCAUUGUCGAAAUCGAAAUCUAACAUUCAACACAAGUUGUUACAGUUUCGUAGGUUGUCAUCAAAGACAAACUGUUCCUCUCUUGAACCUCCAAAUGUGUCUCAUUUGGCAAAAACUGCUCAUAUUUCUCUAACCCCAACUGAGGUCGAAGAAUUUGGUCCUAAAAUUCAGCAGGUGAUUGGCUGGUUUGGACAGUUGCAGGGUGUUGAUCUUGAAAGCAUCGAGCCUUCAAUUAGAGCAGAUACCGAAAACAAUUUGCGCGACAAUACACCUGAAACAUUUGAACAACGGGAUGCCAUCAUUGCUUCGCUUCCGAGCUAUGAGGAGCCUUACAUUAAAGUUCCAAAGGUCCUAAACGUGGACUGAAUUUGCUUAGAUGAGUUAUUUUUGCUAAAAAGAAAACUCAUGAAGACUGUUGUUUGUACUUUGAAUUUCUUGGUUCGCUAUAUGAACAGCUCCUACUCUAUUUUCAUGAUGGAAAUUAGAUUGUCGACUCUGUAGUUGAAUAUUACCAUAGCACUACAUUGAAUGUUAAAAGUGCAGAGCUGCUUGAUUCAUCAAUGACGCUGUUGAAGGAAUGAAAGCCAACAACACCAUGUUAUUCUAUCA